AUGAUUGUGGUGGUGCUGCAGGCAUUCGACAAUAAGAUGUUCACAGUCAUGGUGGUGGCCAUGCUGGUGAUGACGGGGAUGGUGACCCCGCUUAUCAACUUCGUAUACCAGCCAAGAACACGUUUCAUGCGGUACAAGAACAGGAGUAUUGAAAAAUCCCAAGCAGAUGGAGAGCUCAGAAUCCUUACAUGCUUGCAUCAAACCCGCAAUGUUCCCGGCAUCAUCAGCCUUCUCGAAGCUUCCAACCCCAUUCCACGCUCACCACUCCGCGUCUUCGCCCUCCACCUCGUCGAACUCACCGACCGCGCCUCAGCUAUGCUCAUUAUCCACAACACCCAGAAUUCUGGGCCUUCCACCACCCUCGCCAACCACAGAAGCACCCAAGCCCAAUCGGAGCAGAUCAUCAGCGCUUUUGAGGACCUCGAGCAGCGCAACCUCGCCGUCUCCGUCCAGUCUCUCACCGUCAUGUCCCCUUACGCCACCAUGGACGAGGACAUCUGCAGCAUCGCCGAGGACAAGCGUGUCGCCCUCACUAUAAUCCCUUUCCACAAACAGCAGACCGCUGACGGCCAGAUGGAAGAGGGGGAUGCCGCAGUGAGGCGCGUCAACCAGAACGUCUUGGCGAACACGUCGUGCUCUGUAGCCAUCUUCGUGGACCGUGGGUUCGGGGCAUUGGAUUACCAAGACCGCCGCAUUUGCAUGCUGUUCUUCUGCGGCCCUGACGACCGUGAGGCCCUGUCUUAUUCCUGGAGAAUGGUCGGCCACCCAACUGCGAUGCUCGCUGUAAUUCGCUUCAUUCCCAGCGAAAAUGCAGCUGACCUCGAGACCUUAGAGGAGUACGUCCCAGGUGAUAGCAACGGUAUUCUAAGUGCAAUAUCCGAGUACGAGAAGCAGAAAUCACUGGAUGAUGAAUUCGUGGAGAAUUUCAGGAUAAGAACUUCUGGGGAUGAAAACAUCUUAUACAGAGAAGUAGUACUGAAUAAUGGGGAAGAGGCGGUGACAGCCAUAAGAGAAAUGGACCACAAUUAUGAUCUGUACGUAGUAGGAAGAGGACAGAAGGUGCUAUCGCCGUUGACCGCAGGCCUAAACGAAUGGAGCGACUGUCCGGAGCUGGGUGCAAUAGGGGAUAUACUAGUGACAUCCGAAUUCGCGUCCUCGGCGUCGGUGCUGGUGAUUCAGCAGUUUGAAGGGGCGGCAGGGUUGACAGUGUCUGAAUCUGGAUCGUCGGAUGGGUCGCUGAAUGGUGGGGAUACGAAGGGUUUUGAGCAUUCGAAUUGGCGGCAGGCGGGGGAAGAUGGUGGGUUUGAUCCCUUUGUGAGAAGUAGAGGUGUGCAGAAUGGAUGGCAUGCUUGA